AUGCAACAAGGAGAUUUCACCUCUGUUCCUCCGUAUUAUCAAUUUUCUCAUCCCCAAAACCCCAUCCCCAAUCCCAACCCUUCCGAUCCCAACCCCAACAACCUCUACGCUUCUGCACCUCCUUUCACCCCCAAUUACACACCUUCCGAUUACACCAACUAUCAUCCUUCUUACCCUCAAAAUCCUGAUCCUAUUCCACCCACUGCUCCUCCUUCUUUUGCUCCCUCUUCCUCCAACCCUAAUUUCAACUCGCCCUUCGAAUCAAACCCUUCAUACCAACAACCGCAACAACAGCCCUAUUUCCCACCAUACGAUCAACAUCAAACGCAUCCCAAUUACGCUCCUCCCAACCCGAAUCCCACUCCCUCCCUAUACAACUCUGCUCCCUACAGCUACACCGGAGGCAACGAUGAUGGCUACGGAGAUGGGGUGUAUGCUUAUCAGGGAGGGAAAGUAGAACCCUAUGGGGCGCGUGGCACGGCGCCGAAAUCAUCGACUUGGGCGUCGUUUGAUGAUUACGGGAGGUCUAUCAAAAGGUGGAUUCUUUUGAUGCCCCCGUACUACGCGCCAUACAUGGAAGAAGUGAAAAAGGUGAUUGAAAAGGAAGGGUCAUUCAUGGUGGAAGAUCACGAUGCUUAUGAAAUAGAGUGGGAUGGAGGAAUGGAAUUGUAG